GCUUUUGUGUUUGGGAAAUUAUGUACACAAACACUAAACCAAAAUAUUCUUCUUCUUCUUCUUCAUAAUGAAUCCAAUUAAGCAAUCAUCAUCACAAUUAGUAUUCACAGUGAGGAGGCAAAAAGCAGAGCUAAUACCUCCAGCAAAGCCAACUCCACUUGAAACUAAAUUUCUCUCAGACAUUGAUGAUCAAGAGGGUCUUCGCUUCCAAAUUCCCGUUAUUAAUUUUUACCGUAAGGAUUCGGUUUCUUCUGUGGGAGGAAAUCAUGACCCUGUAAAAGUUAUUAAAAAGGCUAUAGCUGAAACGCUUGUUUUUUACUACCCGUUUGCUGGUCGGCUCCGGGAGGGAAAUGGCCGGAAGCUGAUGGUGGAUUGUACCGGUGAGGGAGUUAUGUUCGUGGAGGCGGAUGCUGAUGUUACGCUUGAAGAAUUUGGAGAUGAACUUCAGCCUCCAUUUCCGUGUUUGGAAGAGCUUCUUUAUGAUGUUCCUGGCUCUGCUGGAGUUCUUAAUUGUCCUCUGCUUCUUAUUCAGGUAACUCGUCUCAAGUGUGGUGGUUUCAUUUUCGCACUGCGAUUGAACCACACGAUGAGUGAUGCAGCCGGUCUUGUCCAAUUCAUGACUGCUGUGGGCGAAAUGGCACGCGGGGCAUCUGUUCCGUCUACACUCCCAGUCUGGUGCAGAGAAUUGCUAAACGCACGAAAUCCACCUCGAGUGACUUGCACACAUCACGAGUACGAUGAAGUUCCUGAUACAAAGGGUACAAUUAUCCCAUUAGAUGACAUGGUUCAUAAAUCUUUCUUUUUUGGCCCUUCGGAGGUCUCAGCGCUUCGUCGAUUCAUCCCUCCUCAUUUGCGCAAAUGUUCCACUUUUGAACUGCUCACAUCAGUCCUCUGGCGCUGUCGAACCAUUUCUCUUAAACCCGAUCCUGAAGAGGAAGUCCGCGUUCUUUGCAUUGUCAAUGCACGUUCCAAGUUCAAUCCACCCUUGCCUAAUGGCUUCUACGGCAACGCCUUUGCGUUCCCGGUAGCAGUCACGACCGCGGCUAAAUUGUGCAAAAAUCCAUUAGGAUACGCACUGGAGCUAGUGAAGAAGGCCAAGUCAGACGUGACCGAAGAAUACAUGAAAUCGGUAGCGGAUUUGAUGGUGAUGAAAGGGAGGCCCCAUUUCACUGUGGUUCGGACUUAUCUCGUGUCGGACGUGACUCGAGCUGGAUUCGGAGAAGUGGAUUUUGGAUGCGGGAAAGCAGUGUAUGGUGGACCGGCUAAAGGAGGAGUAGGGGCAAUUCCUGGUGUGGCUAGUUUUUACAUACCAUUUAAAAACAAGAAUGGUGAAAAUGGAAUUGUGGUCCCUAUAUGUUUGCCUGCCUUUGCAAUGGAAAUAUUCGUUAAGGAACUCGAUGGCAUGUUGACAGGUGAUGAUCCAUUAAGCAACACAAACUAUGCCAUUAUCAAACCUGCACUUUGAGAGGUUAAUCGUGUGCAAUGAUUUUUACUACUACAUCCAAAAUGUCUUGGCAAAUUAAAGGCCGUAGAGUUUCUUUUAUAUGCCAAAUCUUACAUGCAGCUUUGGUAUAGUUUCUUCUAUACAUAUGUCUCAAUUUAUGUGAACCGGUUCAGAGUAUGAGAGUGGAAAAUAUUAUUUUUGAUUACUAA